UCCGGGCUGCAGCCGGCAGCCCACGUCCAGGGAGGGCGGAGGGAGGAGGAGAGGCGCGGAGAGGAGGGAGGGGAGAGGGGAGGGAGGAAGACGAGAGAAAGGGAGCUGCUUCUAUCCCGGACUUCCCAGAGCCUGCCUGGAGCGCGCACUCAGCGGCUCUCGGGUCCCAGCGUCCCAGCCGCGGCCCGCGCCUCUCCGCCCCGCUCCUCCUCCUCUUCCUCCUCCUCCUCCUCCUCCUCUCUAGGCACCCCGGUCCCCUCCUUCCAGCGGCUGCAGCCCCCAGCCCCAACUCUCUGCGCUUCCUCCUGGGACGCGCGUCCUCGCCCCAUCCUUUGCUUCCUUCCUUCCUUCUUCCUUCCUCCCCUGGCUCCCGCCCUCCCUAUCCAGGUCGCCCUCCCGGGGCCCGAUUGUCUCGGUGCCCCGCUCUCGGCCCGCGCCCUGCCCCGUCUCUCCCUCGCACUUCCUGAGUCGCCAGCCGUUGCCGUCGCAGUCUCGCCGCGGGAGCCCCAGCCCAGCCCGAGCCCGAGCCCGACAGCCACUGCCCCGGCUCCAGCUCCAGCCCCGCAGCCCGCGGCGCCCGCCCGAGGGAGCCCCGGCGCCCGGGGAAGGCUACAGUGGGCGAGCGCGCCCUCGCCCAGCCCCGCGCCCCAGCCCUGCCCGGCCCGGCGAGGAAGGACCGGGAAGAUGAACAACGGCGGCAAAGCCGAGAAGGAGAACACCCCGAGCGAGGCCAACCUUCAGGAGGAGGAGGUCCGGACCCUAUUUGUUAGUGGCCUUCCUCUGGAUAUCAAACCUCGGGAGCUCUAUCUGCUUUUCAGACCAUUUAAGGGCUAUGAGGGUUCUCUUAUAAAGCUCACAUCUAAACAGCCUGUAGGUUUUGUCAGUUUUGACAGUCGCUCAGAAGCAGAAGCUGCAAAGAAUGCUUUGAAUGGCAUCCGCUUCGAUCCUGAAAUUCCGCAAACACUACGACUAGAGUUUGCUAAGGCAAACACGAAGAUGGCCAAGAACAAACUCGUAGGGACUCCAAACCCCAGUACUCCUCUGCCCAACACUGUACCUCAGUUCAUUGCCAGAGAGCCAUAUGAGCUCACAGUGCCUGCACUUUACCCCAGUAGCCCUGAAGUGUGGGCCCCGUACCCUCUGUACCCAGCGGAGUUAGCGCCUGCUCUACCUCCUCCUGCUUUCACCUAUCCCGCUUCACUGCAUGCCCAGAUGCGCUGGCUCCCUCCCUCCGAGGCUACUUCUCAGGGCUGGAAGUCCCGUCAGUUCUGCUGAAUACUAUGUCCCAGGUGUGUGAUGGCGGCUGCAAUCUGUCUUGUGGGUAUUAAUGCAAUCUUCAGUGGUGGCUACUGUUCUCUAGCUGUUCUACAGAACUGGAGCAUGCUGGCUUGAAAAAACCUUGCCCAGUUUUGAUCCCUUCAAGACUUUGCCACAGCCUCUAUCACACAUCUGUUUUUCUCGAAGAAAAAAUAUAAUAAAAAUGUUUUACUCUUUUACACUGUAUAAUUAUAAGAAAUAGCGUGUUAUUUGUGAAUGCAUGGUCUGAAAUUUCUGUACAGUUUGGAGAUAUUUUCAAACGAAACGUAAGAGAAGUCAACAAUAAAACCAAGAAAAGUGAGUAUUUUUAUACCAAACAUUUUAAGUAUGCUGGGAUGGACAAUCUUACACUGGGUUGGAUCACAGUUUUUGUGCUUGACUUUUGAAUGCUUGUAAUUAAAAAUAUCUAUUUUUUUCCUCUGAAGUAAGUUGCAUGUUUGAGGCAUGUUUCCAAAUAUCAAAAUUUCCUGAAUUGUAUUGUGAAUAUAUAGAAAUCUGUGCCUGGCCAAAGUCCAGGGUAAAUUAGUAGCGUGGUGGUAGGUGUUAGAAACAGAACUGUUAUCUGCAGUGUUAGGUCUAGGAUCCCAGUUCUCGUAGGACAGCCCUGCAAGACAAUCAACCAGAAGCCUCCAGGAGCUUCUACCUAUGGCUUAUUCACAACUGGGCAAGAAAACAUCGUUGGUAAGAACUGCGGAGUGUGCCCUUAGAAAGCCCUGGCAGCUCCAGCUGUGACUGUAUCAACGGUGUGCCAAGUGUGAGUUUGUACAGUUUUAUGUUUCCACUCUCCUGUACAUGUAGCCACUCGAUGCCUCACCCACCUUCCACAAGCCAGCCCCGCACCCCUCUCCCCCAGUGGAAGUGCAGAGCCUGCCUCACUGGUAACGGGAAACCUUGGCUUGGGAGGCCAGCCCUGGCCCAUGAAGGGGCUGGCUGUGCCCAACCCACUUGGCUGCAGUGGGCAGCUCAUGUCUCUAUCUCCAAAGUGAUGUUUGCAAAACAUUGGCUGAAUUGAGCUGGUAUUCCCAACUCUUGCGGCACUAGGCCAAACCGACCACAUCCCAUGAGCUCCCAAAUGGCGUCUGCUCACUGUGAGACGAGACGCCACACCGCACAGGAGACGGAGGCAGUGGGCAUUUGGAACCAAUUCUGUUCAGACUUCGUCAAAGCCAAAGUCAGUCUGGUGUUGUCAGUUGACACAUCUCCAGAGUUCAUGACAGCUCAACCUCUCCCCUUGUACAGAAGCCAUUUGUAAAAUCACAUUGACCUAAAUUCAGUUGCCAAACACAAUCACAGUCUUUCCUAUUGAUCUGCUCGGCUUAUGUUGAAAAUUUCAAUGUCAUGAUUACCUGGUUGGUUUGGGGUUUUGUUUUGUUAUUUUCCAUUGGAAAUAAAGAUGUCAAGAACCUUUUAAAGGUCACCACAAAAAAACCAAGGCCAGGAGUGAAGGGCUCUUUCUUAGCGUAAAUAAGGGGAAAGGGCAGUUAGCUCGGGGACUUGUGACAGAUCCACUUUGGUGUUCAAGGACCUGCUUAUGCCCUCAGUGCCACUUGGUCUUGGUGAGAUGCCUGUGCUCCUCUACAGCAGACGGCUGCUUCUGCACAGUCUCCUCCGCUUUCAUAACUGUUUAAAGGUACUUUUCUAUUGUCAUUUUUAAAAAAUAAAGUGUUUAUUCCAGCCCUCA